CAAAAUAAAAUAUUCACAUCUAAACCACGCAGGGCAUGCGUAAAGUGCUCCUUGCUAUCCCUUUCUCGAUGGAGAACGUGUGAAUGCGUUUGCAAACAGGUAGAAUUGACCGGCAAUGGAAUGACGCAGAGAAUGCAAAAAAACCUUUUCUAGCAACCACUCAAGUUUUUUUUAUUUUAUAGUGCUGCAAGCUUGGAUUCAAUUUCCCCUUCCCUUUGGAUUUUGUCAAUCUUCAAGAUAGUUCAACCUACAGCGAGGAAAGUUUCUGUCCAAAACAUAUUCCAAUAUACUAUGCCACGAUUCCUUUUAAUUAUUGCAUAAGCUAUAAUUGACUAGACCCAACUAAGCUCUGCCCAAACCAUCCAUUGUAUGGCACCAAGCUCAAGAUGUGAUGGAAAAGCACCAGCUUCAGUGCUCCACCGAGGAGGAAUACGCAGGCAGCUGGUUCUCCUUAUACGUGGGAGGCAGUCAGAAGCUGGUAGCCCAAAAGAAAGCUUUGCCAACAGAAUCUAGUGCCACCUUUGAGGUUCAUGAGGUUGGCCCAGAUGAGCAAUUCCACUGUAGCUAUGAAAUCUGGGAAGCUGGAAAGGCAAUCCGUUCUCCGCUCAGCCAGCCUGCAAACAUUACAGAAGUGCAUUACCUCAAGCCUUCAAUUGUUGCAAGUCCCAGCACAGAAAUCUUGGUGGGGCAGGACUGGACACUCCAUUGUUUGGCUCCCUUUUCAGGUGUCAGUUUCGUCUUCUACCAGGCCAGGGACUUCCGGUAUGAAGUCACUCCUCAAGGGAAUGCCAACAUGGCUGAAUUCUCCCUGAAGAAUGUCUCAGAGGCCGAUGAAGGACGGUACACAUGCUACUACCACAGCCUCACUGACCCCGUCAUCUGGUCCAAUGCCAGCAAUCCUGUGGUGCUGAAAGUCCUGGGUAGGUCUGAUGUUAGCAGAUAUCAGGAGGUGAUGGUUGACUCUGCAGGGAAGCAUCGAGUGAAUUGUUCAAUGCCCACCGUAGCUGAGGGAUGGUUCCAUCUUUAUGUUGAUGGGGAGUUUUUUGCUGAAACCAGAGCGUGGGCAAAUGGGACAAGCGCCAGCUUCUGCCUCACAGAAGAUGCCCUCAGCAACCUCAAGGGCAAGCUGAGCUGCCAGUUUGGGGAAAACCAACUCAAUGACACCAUAAGCCAGACACAAGAGUCAAUUCUGCUAAGCACUGAUUUCACUGCAGCCAAUUCCAUACGGCUUGGCCUCGGGAUCACUAUCCUUGUUGCAGCUGUGGCUUUUGUGGCUGAUGCGUUUUGGACUGAGAGGCAUCAGGGGAACUGAGCCAGGCAAUAGCUUCUGAAUCAGCGAGAUAUGUGGAGUCACGCAAAAACAUGGCUUGAAACGGUAUUUUCUGGUUGCUGAAUCCAAUGAGAAGAGGGAUAACAGUCAAGUCAACUGAAAACAGAUUGAAGCUUUCAUUACCCAAAACUGUUCAUCAAAAAGUCGUAUUGAACUUUGAGAAGUGAUUGCAAGUCCUUUCUUUAGCACUGUCGUAACUUGGAACAGCCCCUGAGUGAAUGGUCUUAACUCGAGAACUAUCUGUAUCGUAAAAACAAUAUCACUGAAUGAUCUUUAUGUCAUUUCAACAAAUUACCCUUAGUAAUUUCAUCCAUUUUCAUCUUAAAAGGAAUACUUUGGGAGGUUUUCAAAUGUAUUUUAGCAUAUGUGGCAACCUUUAAGUCAACUUAAAUUUAACUUGUCCUGCUGGGAUGGGUAAUGGAUUCAUGCAUCAUUACCCAAAGAAAAACUGCUUUUUAUCCAAUUUGAGAUAAU